GGUGGUUGUAUAGUCACUGGUGGCAAUAAUGUAUUUGAAGAGUGAGUUGGUAACGCUGCGUUCAGGCAGCCUCAGGCAGUGUGCGGCAGUCUCUUAUCCUGUUCACUGGUUUACCAUCCUUCCCUUGUGUCCACACCACCCUCCACCUUCCUGGCCUUCCACAACCUGACAGGACGCCAUCACUCAUACCUCAUACAUUAACAGGUCUUCCUCCUUCAUCGUGAUGUUCAAAUGGCUCAAAAAAGUGUUCGGUCUUGAGAAGUCAGGAAGAGAGUACUCGUCCAGUGACAGCACCGUCUGUACACACAGCGGCAGGGAGGAGGUCGUGAAGUGGGUGGACCAACAGAUCCAAGAUCUUCAGGAAAAUGCUCAAAAAAUAGAUAAUGGAGAUUCAUUUUCUUGGGUACCAUUAUCUACACCGUCUACUGUACCCCCUUCACCGCCACACAUACGGUUCUCUCUGUCGAAACCGUCUUCUCCUUCCCCUCAAACAUCACCAUCUCCACCAGUCACACGAAACUCUCCACUGAAGCAGCCUUCUCUUCCUUCUCCACCACCACGAGUGACACGAAACUCUCCACUGAAACAGCCUUCUCUUCCUUCUCCACUACCACGAGUCACACAAAACUCUCCACUGAAACAGCCUUCUCUUCCUUCUCCAUCACCACGAGUCACACAAAACUCUCCACUGAAACAGCCUUCUCUUCCUUCUCCACUACCACGAGUCACACAAAACUCUCCACUGAAACAGCCUUCUCUUCCUUCUCCACCACCACGAGUCACACGAAACUCUCUACUGGAACAGUCUCCUCUUCCUUCUCCUUCACAGCCACUCCUUCCAAAGUCUCCACCUAAGCCACGUCCUUCGUCUCGUCCUCCAACACCACCACUGCUUGACUACUCUUCAAAUUCCACACACACUGAUGGCAAUGCCUCCUUGCCUGUUGGCCAGUCUUUGAAGCUGCCUUAUAUCUCACCAAAACUCUCAUCGCAGAAGGAGGUGCCAUCCCCACCCUCCAACACACAGACAAGACUCUUAUCAGGAACACAAGCUGCUACAAGAGCAUCUAACGCACAGAGUCUGUUGGAGGUGUCCCAAGACAAAAAAUCUUCACUUUCUGAGGUCGGCAUUUCCAAAGUUACCCCAAAACAUGAUAUUCUGCCGGCUUUUGAGGUCAAGGUUGGCCAGACUGACAUGAAGGUGGCGGGCAGUAAGGCAGUAGUCUCCAAGAUUCAGCAGAAGUCAUAUCCCAGCUGCUUGCUACCUACCACGCUCACAAAUACCAUCGGAGAGCUUGUCACUGUGAAUGGAACGAGAUACGUGCGGGUUAAGAGUAAGGAAGAGGUGAUGUUGGUGUCCUUGAAUGCAGGACCCAAGGGGGAUGCACCGUGCAGGGUGGUGUGGGAGUCUGGCAGGCCAGUACCCAUCUUUGAACUUAGUGACUUGACUCUUGUUAACAUUGAUGCCUUUUUGUCACCCAAGAAUGAGAGAAUGCAAGCGAUGGUAGUCUGGCAGAAGGAAAAACCUAACACGUGUCUGCAGCUUCUUGACAACACGUACAUCUUCCUGGGUGGUCGGAGUCUCACUUGCCAACGGAAAUCACUGAACGUCUCUGCUAAAAACUUAAAUGUAACUUAUGACGGAAAAAAAGUCUCAGCAGAAGUAAGUAAUGUUGUUGCAUUCAAAGAAAAUGAAGUGAUUACGAUGACUGAAUUUCUUAAGCUUUGUCAUGAUGAAUUUUAUGCCAGCGUGUUCAGGAUGCUAGAGGGGACUGGCAGUGGACGAGUGGUGUACGUGUGUACAUGUCUUUGGAUAGGAAGGAGGCCUGUCUUUGAAAAGUUGCCAAUUAAGUUAACGAGAGAGAAUGUGUAUAAGAAAAUCUCAUAUGGGCUUUAUUCCCCUUCUGGCAACACGAGAACUCUUUAUUGCGACGUGAACGCCAGUUUGAACCUUGCUAAAGGCGCUGCAACCAUAGAAGUGGAGGUAGACGGGUCAUGCAAGUCUCUAGAGGCCACCCAUCUACUUAACAUGAAGUCUGAGAAGCUUAAACAACAUACUCCGGUCCAAGUUCGUGCCCACGUCCUGAAGGAGAUGUGUGGUGGAAGGGAGAAUUGGUCAGCUGUCAUGAUACACCUCUCUGAGCCUACAGGAUCUGAUGUAUCAUCGACGUGGGUCGCAGCAGAACAUACAGCUCCGAACAUCAACGAGGAUGGUGCCAUCCAAAACACCAGUGUUUGGUCACCACGGAAAGGUAACACUCUGAAUAGAGAGGGAGCCAGCAUUUCACCCACACAAAGAGCUAACAUUUCAGGUGCACCAAAGACUAGCGUACCAACUGGACAGAAGGCUAGUGUUCAGUAUGUACCAAAACCAACUGUUCCAAUGGGAAAAACACAGCCAAAGAGUGCCAGCCUGAGUAACCUAUCUCUCUCAACCACUGCACAGGAAAAUAAUGCAUGGAGCUUGGAGUUAAGGAGCAAGUACUUGACCUGCUCAGUGGCGGCAUCAAAACCCAAUGCUGCGGUGGCAGUAGGUGAAGGAAAAGCAAUCCUGGUGUCUAGAAGUAUCCUUUUUGUCGAUCAGGUAAAGUGUCCUUCAUCAGCAAAUCUUCAGUCUCUGCUCAAGAACUACCAAAACUUGGGUGUUAUAUUCACAGAAUCAAAAGAGACAUUAACUGACAUGAAUUUCACCAUGAAGUAUGUGGCACUUGUUGCUUGGGCAGGAAAGAAACCCAUCAAUGCCAAUGACAUUGUUCGAAACCGGCUAUCUGAGAUGAAAUUGGCAUCAGUUUCUGCCCUUAAUGCUGUUAUGAAAGUAGAGGCCAGUUGCUGCAUUAAAUCAGUGCAAAACAAUAGAGUGACUGUAUUAGUCUGUAGCAAAUAUCUCGACAAUGGUCAAGGCAUUGCUCUCACAAAGCUUGGCAACAUCUACCUGGAUGCGACGCCGAUAACGCUGACUGCGGCGAUGAAGUUAAAGAAACUGUUUUGGAAUUGUGAGCUUCAUAUAGCAGAUGGCGGGAAGCAGCUGUCAGUUCCUUUGGCUUGGCGUGGGAGGAAACCCGCGACUGGUGCAAUGCUGGGGACCUCCACAAGCCAGCCCCGCCAGGCACAAAGCACGGACGAUCUGAGUGACACCCUCAAUGGACACCGAAUAACGCCACCUCUGCCAUGUUGUAAGCAGGUGGUAGCGGGCGUAGUGACUGAGGUGCUAGCUGAAGGGGGCCGUGUAAAGGCGGAAGAUGGUCGGCGUUUCACCUUCUCCAUCGACGCCUGCUUCCUCUAUGACUUGUGUCUCCACCAGAUGAAGGCGCGGGAGAUGCUGGUGGUUGGCAUGAAGGUGGAGAUCGAGGUGACGUAUUCCGGUGGCAGCGAGGUAGUGCGGCGAGUUUGGCUGGCAGAUCGCGGCGCCUCCCCUACCUCCUCCCAUUUUCCCGAGCCCAAACUAGACUCCUGGUGCAGAAUGAACGGCGUCUCCACCGACACGCGGCAGCUCCUGAUGAAGGAAGCCGAGCUGCUCUCCCCUUCCCUCUUCCCCACCGCGGCCAGAGGGGAAGCCACCACGAUCGUCGACAUCAGUGCCUAGUAGCGUGACUCCCUCAGACGUGGGCAGGGGACAGUCUGGUCAAUAUUCCGCCCUGAUUAGCCCUGCAGACGUAGCGAACUGGAAGAAAAAAGUAGUGGAAGUGGUGGUUGUCAGUUCCCUUCCUCGCAGCGGCUCCACACUUUUGGCACAGCU